AAAGUAAACAAACUCUCGGUCUUAUCUUAACCUUUCAAUUCAAUUUAUUUCAUUACUUUAUCACAUAAACUUUUUUCACAAUUUAAAAGCAUUCAUAUUAUAUUGGAAAAUUCGUCAUAAUACAUGUUGGCUGCAGUUUGAAACUUAAUUGCUGUAACUAACAACACAAUGUCUGCAAGUCAAGCAGCAAAAACCAUCUUACUUAUGGGUAAAUGUCUUCCUACUGCCAAAGAAAAUGCAGUGAAAGUUGCAAUCAGCAGAUUUGAACUGAAUAAAUACCUCAAUAUUUAUUUCAAAAAUGUUGAACUUGUUUAUGCUCAAGAUACUAACAAAGUAAGUAAAGUAGGAGAUAUUGUCUUGCUGGAGAAGUUACCAGAAAAGAUAACAACAAUGAUACAACAUAGAGUCAAGAAAGUUGUAUUCCCUCUUGGAGACGUUACUGAUCCAAUCACAGGCAAGAAGGUGGUCUUCGACCAAUACAGAGACGACUUGAAGGAAUCGCAAAAACAGUUUGGAGAGGUAGAGUCGGCAUUUGACUAUGAAAAAGCUCCGCCUCGAGGAUGGCAAGAGGGUAAAAAGGACUUUACGGCCAAACCUGUCUACAAGAAAUACCACGUGUUUGAAGACGAUGACCAGCCGUACGCCAAGUAGAUCUUUGUAUAGUUAGAGUUUGUAAAUAUAAAUUAUUAGUAGUUA